GUGAGCUGUGAACUGGAAAUGCAUACUUAUAUAGUAGCAUCUACAUUCACAAGACAUUUUGCGACAGAGAAUGGUCAACACACUUUUCACCAGAACGCUUGUUCAGGUCGACUAGAGAAAAUACCUGUCUUUAUUUCUGACAUGAAGACCCAAAUAUGGAAUAUCUUCUGUCUGACAAUGGUCUAUCUAUGGAAUGGACCUCUACCUGCAGGUGCCCAGGUCAGGCUGGUCAAUGGGAAUGGUCGCUGCUCUGGGAGAGUGGAGAUCUAUCACAACAGCCAGUGGGGAUGAACAGUGUGUGAUGACAACUGGGAUAUGAAUGAUGCUAAGGUGGUCUGUAAACAGCUGGGCUGUGGGAGUGCUAUGAGUUCCCCAGGGUCUGCCUACUUUGGUCAGGGCACUGGGGAGAUCUGGAUGGAUGAUAUUAAAUGCUCUGGUAGUGAAAGCACACUCAGACAGUGCUCACACACUACAAAACAUAACUGCAAUCAUGGUGAAGAUGCUGGUGUUGUCUGCCUCUCAGUUGUCUUGUUACAGCCCAACAUCUCUCUCAAUGCUCCAAAUGGAGGGAUGUUCUGGGGACUUCAGGGGCCAGAGGUGACCAGGGGCCAUAGCUUCUCCAUCACCUGCACCAUUCAGCCACAGUAUCCUGGAGGCCUCUUCUAUCUGGACUUCUCUGGGUCCAACAGGACUGAAACUGAGCCAGCAGUCAACCACUCUGCCUCCUUUCACUUUCCUGUUGCAGACUAUACAGACCAGGGGAACUACAGUUGUGUUUAUGAAGUUAAUGUCUCCACCCUGUCAUUCCAUUCUACCAAGACAGAGUUGCUGACAGUCAGCAUUCGAGCAUCCAUAGUCCCCAUUAUUGCCUCUGGUGCAAUAGGUGGGCUACUGCUCCUCCUCCUGCUGCUCAUUCCUUGUCUAGUCUGGAAGAAGAUAAGCAGCAGAGAGCAGUCUAUUAUGAUAAACCCAAGAGAAACGAGGGAGGGAAAUGAUGAAGAGGACUAUGUCAACGUAGAAACCUUUGUCAACAAGAGAAAAGAUGAAGACCCGAAAAAAGGAUGCGAUGCAGAAAUGUAUAUGAAAAAGGAGUUGCUUAGCAGUAAAAAUAAUGAGAAUGCUCCAGGAGCCAUGAACAAGUUUGGAAACAACCAAGGUGAAGGGCCAGAGGCAAGUGAGGAAGAUGAGUCCGACUAUGAAAAUGCAGAUAUCUUCACAGAGAGGGAUUUUGCUGAAGACAUCUACAAUGAAGACAGUGAGUCUUUAGACCUGGAGCAGCUCACUUCAUGUAAAUCUGGAAGGGAGAAUGACUAUGAAGAAGAUGACAACAUAUACGCAAACAAUGAGUGAAGGCCUUGUAAUAAGAAUGCUGAUGCAGAGAUAUUAAUGCCAGGAAAGGCAUGAAAGGUUCGCUUUGUGAGUUGAAUUAUAAGGGCUUAAAAAACAACUUUUUCAUCAAAAUAUUCACUUAGUAGAUAAGAGGAAAGGCUUUGUUUGAAUAUGAAUUAGAAUUUCUACGUAAAUAGUUUGGGUGUAUUAUUUCUAGUUGUAUUGUUUCCAGGUACUUGUAUGAGAUUUCAGACUUGACUAUGUUAUAUAUGUUUUAAAAUAAUGACAUUAUAUUAUGACAUUAUUUACUUCAGUUUAAAAAGAGUGAUUGUCUUGAUGAAUUGGAUGAACGCAUUGAACAUAAUCUAUUAUUUCAUUUUUUAAGUAAAUAUAUUAAUACUUUAGACUAUGUCUCUCCUAUAACGUUCAGUGUGCUGUCAAAGAAUAGUCUACAGCAAUGACUGGUUGUGAUGUGCUAAACUUGAGAUCUACUGUAUGACAAACUGUAAAAAAAAAAAAAAACAUUUGUACUGUGUGUGUUAAUCUAACAAUAAUUUGAUUUCAGUGUACAUUUUCAAUUAUUGUGUGUAUGGCUUUAAAGAACAUGAAAUCCA